GGUGAAGCCAUCUUCCAUGUUCACCCGCCGCCUGUAACAAGAACAAGAAGAGCAAGAGAGAGAGAGAUAGAGAAGAGAGUAGAAUACAACAUUUUGAUGCUUGUUAAACAUAGAGGCAAACCCAAAAAGCAUCUUCUUCAUCUUGAUCAAAGUCCAAACCCCAUUUUGUGUCACAUAACAAUCCUAACCACACAAUCCCUCCAAGUGUUUUUCCCAUUUGUGGGUUGAUUGAGCCGUUUUUAGAGGCAGCAAGUGGAUAUUUCCCUCUCUUUGUUGGGGGGCUAUAAAGAGAAAGGCUUUGGGGCCAAAAGGGGGUUGGUUCCCAGAAAAGCAGUGAAAGGAAGAACCUUGUAAACCCCGUCAUUGUGAACAAGGGGGCUUGUUCUGCCUUUGUGCAUUGGACAAACAGCAGAGGAGUUUCACUGUCCAACUUUAAGGGUGGGAAAAAUGAAGUAUGUGUUGGUGACAGGUGGUGUUGUGAGUGGACUUGGGAAAGGAGUCACUGCCAGCAGUAUUGGGCUGAUCCUCAAGGCCUGUGGCCUUAGAGUUACCUCUAUUAAGAUUGAUCCCUACCUGAAUACUGAUGCAGGAACAAUGUCUCCUUUCGAGCAUGGGGAGGUUUUUGUCUUAGAUGAUGGUGGUGAGGUUGACCUUGACCUUGGAAAUUAUGAACGUUUCUUGGACAUCAAAUUAACCCGUGACAAUAACAUCACCACUGGAAAAAUAUACCAGUCUGUUAUUGAGAAGGAGAGAAGAGGAGAUUAUCUUGGAAAGACUGUUCAGGUUGUUCCACACAUUACAGAUGCUAUCCAAGAGUGGAUAGAACGUGUUGCAAAGAUACCAGUUGAUGGGAAAGAAGGGCCAGCUGAUGUUUGUGUUAUUGAAUUGGGUGGAACUAUAGGGGAUAUUGAGUCCAUGCCUUUUAUUGAAGCACUUGGCCAAUUUUCAUACCGUGUAGGCGCUGGCAACUUCUGUUUGGUUCAUGUCAGCCUGGUUCCUAUUAUCCAUGUUGUUGGUGAACCGAAAACAAAGCCAACUCAGCACAGUGUUCGUCAACUUAGAGGAUUAGGUUUGACCCCUAAUCUUCUUGCUUGUCGCAGUUCGAAGGAACUUGAUGACAAUGUCAAGGCAAAACUUGCUCAAUUUUGUCAUGUGCCGCUGUCAAACAUACUUACUCUCCAUGAUGUUCCAAAUAUUUGGCACAUUCCUUUGCUAUUGAAAGACCAGAAGGCACAUGAGGCGAUCCUGAAAGCAUUAAACUUGCUAGGUGUUGCUGCAGAGCCUAAUUUGAAGGAGUGGACUACAAGGACAAAAGUAUAUGACAGGUGUCAUGAACCUGUUAGAAUUGCUAUGGUGGGAAAAUACACUGGCCUUUCAGAUGCAUAUCUUUCUGUUCUGAAGGCACUUUUACACGCUUCUGUGGCUCGAAACCGUAAACUUACUGUGGACUGGGUUCCAGCUGGGGAUCUUGAAGAUGUUACUUAUAAAGAGGAUCCUAAGGCAUAUAAAGCUGCUUGGAGUCUUUUAAUGGGUGCUAAUGGGGUUCUAGUUCCAGGAGGUUUUGGUGAUAGAGGAGUACAAGGGAAAAUUCUUGCUGCUAAGUAUGCUCGAGAACAUAAUGUUCCAUUUCUAGGCAUUUGCUUGGGGAUGCAAAUUGCGGUCAUUGAGUUUGCACGAUCUGUUCUUGGUCUGCGUGAUGCUACUAGCACAGAAUUUGAUCCUGAAGCCAAGACCCCUUGUGUUAUAUUUAUGCCAGAAGGCUCAAAGACUCAUAUGGGAGGAACUAUGCGUCUUGGUUCAAGAAGAACAUACUUUGAAGUUGCUGACUGCAAAUCCGCAAAAUUGUAUGGCAAUGUGAGCUAUGUUGAUGAGCGACAUCGCCAUAGAUAUGAGGUUAAUCCUGACAUGAUAUCACAGCUAGAGAGUGCUGGUCUAUCUUUUGUUGGCAAGGAUGAAACUGGGAGGCGCAUGGAGAUAGUUGAAUUGCCUAGCCAUCCUUUUUUUAUUGGCGUUCAGUUUCACCCUGAGUUCAAGUCUAGACCAGGGAAACCUUCUCCACUCUUCUCAGGAUUAAUAGCAGCAGCAAGUGAACCAAAGAGGACAGUUAUGGCAAUUAAUGGUCAUCCCAAGUUAACUAAUGGAAUGUGUAAUGGACACACACCAAAACUGAAAGCACACCAAAAUGGAAAUGGCUUCAAAUCAACCAAUGGCUCCUUAAAUGAUGUAUAUACCAAUGGCAAUGGUGUGUAUGUGGAUGGUAGUUAUUAGUCAUCAUAUCAGUGUUUGGUGCAUUCUAAUAAUGGUGGUAUAACUAUAUCCAAGGGCAUUCUUGUCCUCGGUUGCUUGUACAGUUAGUGAGUGGAUAGGUCUUAGUUAGGGACUUGUCUCAAGCAUGAAACAAAUUUUGAGUCUAACAGCUUUUUAUAUUUCCUAGUGCCGUUGUGCUAUGGUGUGGCAGUUGCAGCCACCAUUGGUUUCACAAUUUGGUCAAAUGUGGGCCAAAACUUGACUUGAUCAUGCCAAAUAUUUGGGCUUUGGUGGCUUUUAAGGUGAUGUUUAGGAUUUUUUAUCUUAGUAUACAGGCUGAAGGUGUAAGAUUACUUUCAAUCGAGUGUUUUCUUUUCCUAGUGCCAUUAAUGUAAAACUCUGUUAUGGUGAACAUUGAAGUUUAAUUUUGUUUGGUACA